AGGAAUCACAUUAUUGGAAUUAUUUAUAAGGGAUAAAAAAAAUCAAAAAGAGAUUGAUUUAAAGUUAAUAUUUGAAAAUUUUGGAAUUAUUUAUAAGAGAGAACAUAUUAAAAUGAGAAUGACGUUUACUUAAUAUUUGAACAUUGAGAAAAGAUUUUAUUGGACUUACUUAUAUGUUACUAGAGAGACUUUGGUCAGGAGGCCAGGAUAAUUAUAUGAUAAAAAGGUGUAGCAAUAAAUGGUACAACAAGAACCAGGAGUUAGAGCCUGAACAUAUCCUGCCCGCAAGACCAGGUGAUGGGUUUCAGAUUGUGUUGAAAAAAAAAAAACAGUGGAAAACUAAACAUGAAAAUGUGGUUCUUAAAAAGUGCGUUGAACAACAAAUAAACUUUCUUUCCAAAAUCAAUAAUGAGUGAUUUAGCGAAUCAGAGCCUGAGCAUUCUCAAUGUGACACAAUUCUGGCUGACCAACGGUUCCAACGAGACUUCGACGACGUCGGAAAUUACUUCCCCUGUGAUGAAAUGGGGUCUUUUGGCGUUGAUAGUCAUAAUAUUUUGUACAGCCCUCGGGAACUUACUGGUUUGUCUGGCCGUGUGCUGGGACCGUCGCCUUCAGAACAUGACCAACUAUUUCCUCAUGUCUCUCGCCAUUGCCGACUUUCUGGUCUCCAUAAUUGUCAUGCCAUUUGGGAUGGUUGUUGAAAUCUAUGGCUACUUCCCCUUGGGGGCGGAGUAUUGCACAUUUUGGGCUACAAUGGACGUUCUGAUGUGCACGGCCUCCAUCUGGCAUAUGUGUACUAUGAGCAUGGAUCGAUUCUUCACGCUCAAAUACCCGAUGCAGUACGGCCGAAACAAGACCAAAUCCAUGGUAGCUGUGAAGAUAAUCUUCGUCUGGAUCGUAUCAAUUACAAUAAGCAGUCCGGUGUUCAUAUACGGGAUCGUCGACCAAAACGCUGUGUUUCACAAUAGGCUCUGUGUUAUAGCCAUCAAGGAGUUUGUAAUUUACGGCUCCAUAUUUGCAUUUUAUGUUCCGCUGUGUAUUAUGAUAUUAACGUAUAUGCUGACUAUACGUAUUCUUUGGCAAAAUCAAAACAUGAUGAAGACGAUGGACAGCAAAAAUUUCCGCAUGCGACGGAAGAGUGCAUACAAGGAAAAUAAAGUGUGUAAUGUUACGACCAUGUUAUCUCCCCCUAGCUCAGAAUCAAGACGGGAGAGUCACACUGAUGUUAGCUCAUUAGCCAGAACUCCAAAUGCAGAACAUGCAUUGAAUUGCGUUGAAAGUGACUUUAAAAUCUUGGAACUUAAAAAUGUCCUUGAUGAAGCAUACGCCUCUAGUUUAUGUGCGAAAAUUCCUACUAUGAGCCCAGAUCAUCAAGUUGAAAAUGACCAAAACAGUCACCAUUCUUCCAGUGAAAACAUACCAGAUUUGAAUGAAGAUAGCUCAAACAAUCUGACUGAACCUUGCACUGAAUGUACAACAAACAGAACUUUGAAUGUUCCAACAGCAGUGAACAUACAGAGUCCAUCAUCCGAUGAUGAUGAUGAAUACUCGACACUGCUACCAUCAAGCACAGAAAAGCUUUCCCGAUCUUUUAGUUCAAGAUUUCGUAGUCGUGCCAACACUGAUGUCAGCAAUAUAUCGUAUCUCAAUACUCAUUCAAGUCUUAAAAUUCCAAAGACAACUGAGAAAAGCAACUUACAGGCAUCCGUAUCAUGCGCAAAUUUCACAAACAAGGGCACAGGCUCAGAUGUGUUUGACUCUCUGGGUUUGCAUCAAAAUGGAUUAAACCGGGAUUAUAAAUCUGUCGAGUGGUGUCACCAUUUUCAAGAAAUACAAGCAGAAAUGGACCAAUGUUUACGAGAAUCUAGACGUGAGCGCAAACAUAACGUUUCAACCUUGAAAUCCAGCCCACCAUUGCAGCCGUUAUUAAAGGAUUUAAGCAAUCAAGCGUCAACUGAAACGCAGGACAGUGGAAUUGUUUCAUGCUCUAAAAAGGACCAGCUUUGUCUUGGGAGUCAUGAAAUUGUUGACGUAUCGGAAUCGGGAGACUCACUUGAUGAUUUAGAUACAUCCUCGGAGAAUGCCUCUGAGCUCUUAUCAAUAAAGCUCUAUCCAAAAUCUGUUUACAUGUAUAAACUGGAUGUUAAAAACAUAGGCUCGGGAAAGAAAUCGCAAGAUGAGAACAGUGUGUUGAGUCACACAGCUGCAUUCAAACGAAGGUGCUACAUGAAUGAUAGCUCAUGUGAAUCUGACAAAUCUAGCGAAAUUUCCAAAAAUGUUGUGCGGAAGAAAAGCAGUAUUAAGCACUUCAUAUACAAAUGCAAGAAGAAGAAUGGUUUUCGCCAUUUUAUCUCAUCAAAAACUACAAGUAAUGAAAAGAAAGCAUCAAAAGUGCUCGGAAUUAUUUUUGGUGUAUUUGUGAUAUUGUGGAGUCCAUUUUUUAUUGCCAACAUCCUUUCGGUGACUUGCGUAUCAUGCAUGGUAUACUUGACCAAUGAAUUAAUGUCAGCGUUCCUGUGGAUGGGUUAUGUCGCAUCUUUGGCCAACCCAAUCAUCUACACGAUGUUUAACACAGCUUUCAGACGAGCAUUUAUCAAGAUAUUAUCGUGUCACUUAUGUAUCCGAGGCCGUAACCCUUUCCCCAGACAUAGUUAUCCCAGUCAACUUGCUUCUGUCGUCACGAAUAGACGUCAAACUCUGACUGUUUUACUGAAUGGAAACAAUCGAUCGGACACUCACGAUAAAAAUUUAAGCAAUGGGCGUUAAGAUUAAGUCAUGUGACUUUGUGUAUUUGUAGUCUUUGAUAGACCAAAAAAGUUCUUAUCUGACAGUAUUUAGAGCUAGUGGGGAUUUUGUGUAAAUUGCCUCAAAAAUAAAUAAUUAUUACAGCCAUUACAAUAAGUCUCAUUAAUGAACAAGCAUGCAAACGUACACAAGCUUGGCAUAAAAAAAACACAAUAAGCCCGCAUAUAUAUAAAUCCAGAAUUUGAACAAGCUUGGCAAUUAAAGGCAAUUAAAAGAAGAGCAGGCCUAUGCUUAUUUCAUAAUAUCACCCAAUAAUGCAUUCAAAAUAAAUAUAAAUAUAUCAUGAGCUCAAAAAUACAACACGUUUCACCAAAAUUGAUAUUCUGUUUUUUUAGUUUUAGAUGUUCCAAUGAAUUAAAAUUGUCAUUGUCAUAAUCUUUUUUAACAUAGCUUAAUAAUCAUUAUCAGUAAAAAAAAUAAGACUAACCUUUGAGUUAAAAAAUGUGAUUUG